GUUAGGUUUUAGGUUAAGUGAAAUUGCCCAUGUCAUAGAUAAAGACGAGAGAGAGGGGCAGCUUCUGAGGUCGGAAACACUCCAAUAAGGGCAAAAAACACGAUUGCCACCCUGGUACAGAGAUUUUGUUUUUUUUUUUAAUUUUUUGACCAAACAAACACUACCUGACCCAAACGCUCACGUUUUGCGUCUCUAAACAUCCCAGGGUGUGAGCAAGAUGCAAAACGGUCCAGCGCAGCUUUGAGAGAAGAAUCGAGAAGCCGUAAGGUCCCAACCUAAAUGUUUUCUCUCCACUGACAGCUUGCAAUUUAGCAGAUUGCCUAGUUAAACAUUUGAAAAUUUAGCCAAAACUACUAAAUAAAGCGCUGUUAUAAUUCGCCCCGAUGGCCGAGAGGAUUCUAAAAUACCUCUCCGAAAAUUCCGAGGUAAACACCCUGAAACUAGCUGAGGUAUUCAAGGAGGACCAUCAAAAAGUCAUUGGAGCCCUAAAAAGCAUACAGGCGAAUGGGGACCUUGUUUCAGCUGAACCGGUUAGUGAUAAGCAAAUCGAGCUUACCACAGAAGGAAAACUGGUGGCAAAAGCUGGAAGUCAUGAAGCCAACAUUUACAAUGCGGUGCCAGAAGCGGGAAUUAGCCAGGCUGAGCUCAUGAAGUUACCAAACGCUAAAGUGGGCUUCAGCAAAGCCAUGUCCAAUGGCUGGGUCCUGGUGGAUAAAUCCGUCAAUCCUCCACUAGUUAAGAAGAAAGUCGCAGAAAUCAAAGACUUGGUGCAAGAUCAGCUCAAGUUACUGCAAGCCGGUCAACCCACAGGGCUUUCCGAUAAGGAAAAGGCCGAUUAUAAGAAGAGGAAACUGAUCCAAGAGUCAAUAAUCAAGAGUUUUGUGUUAAGAAAGGGACCAGACUUUAGUUUAACACUCAAUAAACUUGAGACUGAUUUAACUACGGAAAUGCUGGCCAGUGGCAGUUGGAAAAGCCUGAAAUUCAAAGAGUACAACCUUGAUGCCUUAGGAGUGCCACCUUCAUCUGGAUUCCUCCAUCCUUUGCUCAAAGUACGGACGGAAUUCAGGCAAAUUUUCCUGGAAAUGGGCUUUUCGGAAAUGCCCACCAACAAUUACGUAGAAAAUUCCUUUUGGAACUUUGACGCCCUUUUCCAGCCGCAGCAGCAUCCAGCCAGGGAUGCCCAUGACACUUUCUUCGUUUCAGAACCUCAAUUCAGUCACAAAUUCCCUGAGGACUAUCUUCAAAGGGUCAAAACCGUGCAUAGGAAGGGCGGGUACGGCUCACAAGGGUAUGGAUACCAUUGGCAGUAUAAGGAAACGCAGAAGAACUUGCUGCGCACCCAUACUACGGCCGUGAGCGCCAGAAUGUUGUAUAAAUUAGCUCAGCAGAAGGAGUUCAAACCUACGAAGCUUUUCAGCAUUGAUAAAGUGUUCAGGAAUGAGACUUUGGACGCGACUCAUUUGGCAGAGUUUCACCAAGUUGAAGGAGUUAUCGCGGACUACAACUUAACGCUCGGUGAUUUAAUCGGGGUGUUUGCAGAGUUUUUCAAGAAACUGGGGAUAACUGAACUGGAAUUCAAGCCCGCGUACAAUCCCUACACGGAGCCCAGUAUGGAAAUUUUCUGUUUCCAUCCCGGUUUGGGAAAAUGGAUCGAAUUGGGAAACUCUGGAAUUUUCCGCCCGGAAAUGUUGCUUCCCAUGGGGUUGCCGAGAAACGUCACCGUCAUCGCUUGGGGCCUUUCGCUGGAAAGACCCACCAUGAUCAAGUACGGCUUUAAUAAUAUUAGAGACCUGGUGGGCCCCAAAGUGGACCUGGAAAUGAUCCAAAAGAGCCCCGUAUGUAGGCUUAAUAAAUAAAAUAUAUUUAUUAAAACUA